AUGAUAUUCGGUCAGCUAUACGCUUUUUUCGUUUUAACCUUCUCAUGGUCCCUUUCCAAAACUGUUCAGGCAACUUCAUUCAAGCAAAGUUCUUCCUUUGUUUUACUUGACAAAGAGAGCAACUUGGAUAACUUUGGCACUGUCUCUUCAACAGCGGAUGUGAUAUCAUCUGUUGACAGCGCCGUUGCUAUAUUUGAAUUUGACAACUUUUCAUUAUUGGAUAACGUGAUAUUAGACGACCACAUCGAAGAAUACCCAUUUUUUGAAAGAUUUUUUUCCAAUGAUGUCGCCUUAACUGUCAAUGACGAAUCACCUUUGAACAUCCCCCAAUCCUUAUCUUCCAUUACGGAGCAAUUCACAGUAGAUGAAUUACCUCAAAGUGCUUCUGAAUUACUGUAUGAGUACUCCUUGGAUGAUAAGAGCAUCGUGUUGUUCAAAUUUACUUCGAAUACUUACGACUCGAACAGAUUGGAUGAAUUCAUUGAGUCUUGCUUGCUAUUUUUAGGAGAUAAGUCUGAUAAUGAUUUGACUGUUAUUAUCAACACUGUCGGGACCAUCGAUGCUGAUGACGAUAUUUUUGCCGCAAAAGACAUUUUGAGCCAUCAUGAUAACGAUGAAGGUAAACACGGUGACGAUGAUAUUUUAAGCUCUAUUUGGACUGAAGGAUUACUAAUGUGCUUAAUUGUUUCUGCUUUGCUAUUGUUCAUUUUGAUCAUUGCCCUUUCUUGGAUAUCAGAUUUGGAUAUCUCUUACGGUGCAUUGGAAAAAUCUACCAACCCAAUAAAGAAAAACAAUUAA